AGGGUGUGCGUGGUUUGCGACCAGGGGGCGGGCGGUGGAGAUGAGAUAAGGCCGCGCGGCGGUGGUGGUGGCGGCCAUGAGCAGGCUCUCGUUCAGGCCGCGGCCUCUCGACAUCCACAAGAAGCUCCCAAUCCUCAAGUCGGCGCGGGACUUCGAGGACGAUGACCCCACGGCUGCCGCGGUCACCGCGGCAAGGGUAGGGGUCCUGCUGCGGCAUUCCGGGUCGGACCUCACUGCCGCUGCUACUGCCACUGACGGCGAGGGAAAUCCAACUCCCAGCAAGAAGAAUGCUCAGGAAAUACCAACGCCGCAGUUUGAUGAUGUGGAAUCCUAUGAAAGGGAUUACACUCGUACCUUUGCACAACCAUCAUGUUAUAUACGAGGAAGAGGAGCAAGGGCCGAUAUCGGUGAAUUUGUUGAGUAUGACCUCGACAAUGAAGAUGAAGAAUGGCUUGAAGACUUCAACAAUGAGCGGAAAAAUCUCAACCCUGAAAAGUUGGAGGUCCUCUUAUUCAAGUUGGAAUUUUUGGAUCACAAAGCUCGAGAAAGAGCAGGAGCCAUAACACCAACUUUCAUAGGACCUGUUCCAGUCCUCUUGCAACUUGAUGUUGCUAUGGAGGCUUUGCAAUAUUUAUCUGUUCGGUAUGCCGUUUUCCAAGCUGUAUAUAACUUUUGGAAAGCUAAGAGGGAACGGUGGCAAAAGCCUAUUCUGCGGCGUUUGCAGCCUCCUCCACCGGUGAAUGAUACAAACCCAUAUAAUGUAUUCAGACCAAGAGAAAAGGCCCAUCGUCUUCAUACAAGAAGGAUGCAAAGACGGGAAAAUAAUAUCCAGUCGUUUGAAAGACUUCGCCUGGUACGACGCAACUUGGACCAAGCAAAGGCAUUAAUGGGGGCUCUGAUUAAGAGGGAAGAGACAAAGCGGGAGUUCAUGGAAUGCGAAGUCAACCUUCAGCGCAUUCAGAUGCAAUAUAAGCAUGAGGCCCAGCUUGUUGAUGAUGGGACUACAUUGUCAGGGUUCCAGCAAGUCUCUAGCAGAUAUGGGUCAAGUGAUGAUGAUUAUGCGGAUUCGGAUGACACCACAACUGAACAGCCAUAUUAUCGGCCACCUGUUCUCCAUCCCCGGUACUCUGAUAACAAGCUAUCAGUAAUCCCUACAUUGCGUAUAAAGCGUGAGCGGGAACUGAAAAGGAGACCUCAGAAUAAUGGCUGGGCAUUUAAAAGGGAUCCUGAGGAACCAGUAUUGUUAUUCACAAGACCACUGGAUCCGGGGAAGUUGGUGGCAGCGGGUAUCAAGUUGCCACCAGAUCCUCCCAUUGAGAAUGGUGACACCAUGCCACCAUUCCGGUGCCGAGGUAGAAUUGGACGAGGCGGACGAAUCAUCUUUGAUCGAUGGAACCCUCUUGCCCGAACACCAACAUCAGUUGGCCAGGAAACCUCCAAUUAUGUACCAUAUGGUCGUAGGCCACCCUCACCGGAAGGUUGAAGCAAUUAUUCGUCUGCACUUACAACUUAUUUGACCGAUGCAGCUAGUGUGAAGCGCUCGAGCAAUUGUUUCUGCCGAGGUGCCAAAUUGGCCCUUGGACUACAUUCUCGUGGCUGAGUUAUGAGCUCUGUGGAUCUGAUGGGAAGGUCAGAAAGUUCAUGGAAAAGCUGCAUACUCAGUGAAAACUGGGAGGUUUGACCUGUCUUGCAGCUUACAUUUCAUCUUGAGAUCCAUCUCGGUCAUCUUUCGCAGCUGUUGUAAAAUUGUUACAGUGUAGGUGAAGGGGUAGAGCAUUUUUGUCUAAUCUUGGCAUGUAGGGUCAGUAUGUAGUGCGUUGCUCUCUUAUUGAUUAUUCAUUUGGAGAAGCGGCGAUCCUUCUCAUUGCUAAAUUAACCUUCUGCAUAAUCUUUUGACACUUCGGUGCAUUGUAUUAACCAAUGUGCACGUGUGUGUAUAUACUGAAAUCCUAUGUCCAUGGGCAUGUGAUGGCAAAUGUCAUUAGGUUAGGUAGAAGUUGAACAUGGAUAUAGGUGAAAAAUAUUGUUGCUGGAUCUGUCAUUAAAGUGUUUGUAUCUGCUCUACUUCUCUAA